ACUUUCGCGAGUCACCUACUCGUCAAACUGCGAUUGACGUGACCAUGUAACCUGUUUUUGCCUCAUAGGCUCCUUAUCCCCAACAAUCUUCAAAGAAACCCAGAAAGGAGGGAAUUUUUCUUGGCCACUCAUUGGAACCAUCAAACCAUGGCUUGAAGUACUGUAAAAAAAAAAAAAACCAUGGCUUGAAGUGCCCACCGACAACUUUCUUUUUCCCUCGCGUGCCAAGAAGGAUCAAUCGUGCACUUCCUAAUGUAGUCACAUUGCAUAUAAUCCCACGAAGUGACACUUCACUGAAAUGCAAAAGAACCACAGAAAAUGGAGGCUUCAAGGAAAUCCCACAAGCCACACUGUUUAGUGCUAUCAUUCCCAGCACAAGGCCAUAUCAACCCCAUGCUCCAAUUCUCCAAGCGCCUAAUCCACAAAGGCGCCGGAGUCACUUUUGUCACCACCAGAUUCAUGUCCAAGACCCUGCAUGGAUUGUCCUCUAACCCCUCGAUUUCACUUGAGAGUAUCUCUGAUGGCUUCGAUGAUGGCGGCAUGAAGGCCGCCAGUAGCCCCGAAGCCUACCUCGAGCGCUUCUGGAAGAUCGGUCCAGAGACACUGAGCGAAUUGGUCGAGAGGCUGAUCUCUAGUGGCCGGCCACCGAGUUGCAUUGUCUACAACUCGUUCUUGCCUUGGGCUCUUGAUGUGGCCCAGAAGUACGGGCUGGUUGGGGCUGUUUUCUUCACCAUGUCCUGUGCUGUAAGCAGUGUGUUUUACCACUGCCAAAAGGGACUGCUUGAGGUCCCCGUUCGUAAGCAGGUUUUGCUUCCUGGGAUGCCUCCUCUUGAGCCUCAGGAUAUGCCAAGUUAUGUGUCUGAUCCGGAGUCAUACCCAGCUUACCUUGGCAUGCUUGUGGGUCAGUUCUCCAAUCUUGACAAAGUGGACUGGGUGCUUUGCAACACAGUUUAUGAGCUGGAACAAGAACUAGUGGACUGGUUCAUGAAGGUCAUGCCAUUUAGGACCAUAGGGCCAACAGUGCCUUCCUUCUAUUUGGACAACAGGCUUGAGCAAGACAGAGAAUAUGGUCUCAGCAUCUUCCAACCAGAACACGACACCACCAUGAAAUGGCUGAGCACAAAGCCAAAAGGGUCGGUUGUGUAUGUCUCUUUUGGGAGUGUAGCAGAGCUAAAGAUUGACCAAAUGCAAGAACUUGCAAUGGGACUAAAGAGAAGCAACCGUUAUUUUCUCUGGGUGGUGAGGUCAUUUGAAGAAGACAAACUCCCCCAAGACUAUGCAAAAGAGACAGCCCAAAAGGGUCUAAUCGUAACAUGGUGUCCUCAACUGGAAGUCCUAGCGCAUGAAGCACUAGGGAUUUUUCUGACACAUUGCGGUUGGAACUCAACUUUGGAAGCGCUCACUUUGGGUGUGCCGAUGAUGGCGAUCCCGCAAUGGACCGACCAGCCCAUGAAUGCCAAGCACAUAAUGGAUGUGUGGAAGAUGGGGCUGAGGCCACCUGUUGAUGAGAGAGGUGUUGUGAGGAAUGAAGAUAUAGAGAAUUGCAUCAGGGAGAUAAUGGAAGGGGAAAGAGGGAAGGAGAUGAGAGAAAAUGCAGGAAAGUGGAGGAAAAUAACCAAAGAAGCAGUCAGUGAAGGUGGAAGCUCUGAUAGAAACAUCGAGGAGUUUGUUGCUAAAUUGAUUGAUAAGGUGUAAGAGAAGUUACCUGUGGCAGUAUGGAGAAAAUUCAAGUAACCAAUUCUUGCUUACCACAGGAUGAUAAAUGAUGUUGCAUAAUAGUGACGAUAUUAUUCAUGGUCAUGAGAUUCAUUAGGUAA